AAUAACCUGGAUAUAAUUGGGUUUUCUUACAGACAUUAAAUCCUGUGCAGCCAGGGAUUUUACAAACGGAGGAAUGUUAAUGUGGAAUCUCUUAUGUAAAGAUUUGCAGACAGCUGUUUAAAGAAAAAAACACAGUAUAGAUUUGACUGGGUACUUGGUUACAUGCAUGGAGGCAGAUUAACAAAGAGUGCAUAUUGUGUUGGAACCUUCGGAUAUAUACAUCUGCAGAUGUGUGUCAUCAGCUGAUCUGAUUACGAAGAGCAGCUGAGUGCAAGGAGCUGUACCAUGGCAUCGCAUAGAAUGGAUGGUUAUCUGAGGUGUACAAUAACAGUUCUGUGGCUUAUCCAUGAGGUCACAAGCAUGCACAUCGAACACACUUUUACUCUCUUCACCAAUGACCAGUCUGACCCAUCGUUUGAAAAACCAGUGAUCAACAUGGAGAAUGGACAAGUCAUUCUCGGAGCCAAAAACCGAGUGUAUAAACUGUCUCCGGAACUCAAACUUAUCCAGCAGCUUAACAUUGGACCACGGGUACCAAAGGGACAAAACAGCUCAGUUAAUGUGUUUGUGAAGGGGUUAGUGCUAAAUAAGGAGGACUCUAGUCUCAUUAUCUGUUCCACCAUUCCACAAGGCUCAUGCCAGGUUGUGUCUCUAGACAAUAUAGUGCAAGCGAAGAAGCCACACAAUCAAUCCGUGGUUUCCAAUGAUCCUACAUCACCCAAUGUGUUAUUUCUAGGACCAGGGGUUGACAAUCAGACUAUGCUCUAUGUCGCUAGUUGGUAUGGGGUGCAAUACGGCCCCCAGGCCACAAAGUUUCUUACCCAUGCAGUUCCCCUGGUUAGCAGUAGAAAUCCUCGUACAUUGAAAUUGACAACCACUCCCUCUGGUGGCCAGUCCUCUGUGUAUACGAGGGAGAGCAAUGAAACGGACCCCCAUCUUAGAUUUAUUUAUGGAUUUUCCUAUGGAAAUUUUGUGUACUUCAUUUCUAGGUACAAUGGAAAGGAAUCUCGAAUCAUGCGACUUUGUAAGUCAAAUCUGAAUAUAGACACAUAUGUCGACAUCCCAGUGGUGUGUGGCAAGAACGAUCACUCGGCAGUGCAGAGUGCCGAUUUUCAGGAGAGCAGUGGGGACUUGUACAUGGUGUUCAGGAAGUUACGAGAACAGGACGGACGAUUAGGACUUGUGUCGAGUGUGAUCUGUCGGUAUAAGAUAUCGGAUGUGGAGAGAAAGUUUAAUCAGGUCGUGGAUGAUUGUCACAGAGGUCAGGGUCAUCUAGGUCCCCACUACAUCCACAAAAAAGUCAGCUGUCCUUCAACAGCUGGAAAGGUAUCUGACCCUUACUGCUCCAAAGUUCCAGGAGGCUUUGCUUCCAUUGAAGGUGUCCAGCCAAUUCUGAGAGGAAGCAUUGUAAGACUGAAGAACGUUUACCUGUCGUCUAUUGCUGUCAUUGGUCAGAAGUCCUACACUGCCCUCAUUGUCAGCUCAGGGGAUGGAUUAUUACGCAAAUACAUUAUGUCUGGAUCCAGUAUUACUGAGGUGGACAAACUCUACAUUCAUGACAUGAAGGAGGGCAUGUCCAUGCCAGUUAGCCCGGAUAAGAAGUCAAUCUAUGUAGUCACCAGAGACAAGCUGAUUAAAGUGGGGAUUUCUCACUGUGAACACAGAACCACCUGCCAGGACUGUGUCACGACCUUUGACCCUGUGUGUGGGUGGUGUAACAUGGACAACAGAUGCACAGAGAAGGAGGACUGUCGGAGUUCACUCAUCGUACCUCCAUGGUUGUCAUCAGCUAAACAGGAAAGCUGUGCCACAAUGUCAGACAUUCAGCCCUCCAUCCUCAAUUACGAAAACAUCAGUAAAAACCAGCAUCAACAUCAAGUCAGCUUUAAGCUAUCGGAUGUCACUCUCACAAGUGGGAGGGGCAACCUGCAGUGUGCCUUUACUGCCAUGUCAAUCACUGCCCAUACACCCGCUUCAUUGGAUAAUGAUGUGAUCACGUGUCUGUUGCCAAGCAACAAGUCUUUAGGGUUAAAACCAAGGGGUAAGGAUCACCAUGACCUUGAGGUAGAAUUUCAUGUUGAAGGUCAUGCACUUGUUAAAAGAAGUGUGCCUGUGUUUGACUGCACAUUUCACAAAACAUGUACAGACUGCAGCAAAAGUUCCUUCAACUGUUCCUGGCACUACCAGACUCAUUCCUGCACAACUCUAUCAAUUGUGUCCCUGAAACCAUCUGAGCGGGACCCUGGUACUACCAGUCUGGACAGCUGCCCUCGUGUGGAGAUCCCCGCCUCACAGAGCACUGACAUCAUUGUCCACUCCGGGGAUUCCCCCCAGCUGGUGGUCAAGCUCGUCAAUAUGAAGGCCGGUCAGACAGAUGAGAUGUGGUGUAGAUUUAGGUAUUUAGGCAUGAACGUCAUGGUUCCUGGUAAAGAGGAGUCCAACAGCCUCACAUGUCAGAAGGUCAAGUUUGAGUACUCGCAGGAGACAUCCAAUGUUGAUGCCACGUUUGAAGUUUUAUGGGGACCAAACAAAUAUCCUCUGGAUAUGCCACAGAACACUACAGUUCGGAUAUACAAGUGUACACAAAUGGUGACAAAUUGUGGCCUGUGUUUGACGAUGGACUCUAAAUACAACUGUGGAUGGUGUAACAGAACCAACAGGUGUACAAGGAACCGAGAGUGUCAGGGUGUACAGGACCAGUGGCUAGACAGAGAUGACACGUGUCCUAAUCCCAAAAUAUUCAGGUUUGAGCCCUCUAUGGGCCCUGUACAAGGGAGAACCAACAUUACCGUAAGAGGUAUUAACCUCGGGAAAUCUUACCUGGACAUCAAGGACGGCGUGAAGGUGGCAGGGGUCAACUGUAUGGUACACCCUGAUCACUUCGAAUCCUCACAAGGGUUUAAGUGUCUGACAGACAAAGUGGAUUCUCCACUAAAUGGCACAAUCACAGUGGAGGUGGAUAAACUGUAUAAAACGGAAUCUGACAGUGUCUUCAGCUUCGUGAUUCCCAAAGUGAUUGGUAUGAACCCCAACAAAGGACCCCAAUCAGGAGGCACCUUACUGAGGAUAUUUGGAGGGAAUGUGGACAUAGGGUCACUGAUAACUGUGGAUAUAGCAGGGAGCCCUUGUCAAGUGACACAGGUGAUGGCAGAUGAAAUUCAGUGCAUGACAUCUAAGUCUGUAAAUGGAGUGGGACAAAGAGAAGUAGAGGUGGACUUUGGAGGAUUUAAACGACUUCUAACUGACAAAUUCAAUUAUACAGAGGACCCAGUAAUAACCUACAUAUCUCGUUAUAACAGCACAGUCAGUGGUGGUGUCUAUGUGCAAGUCUGUGGGAAGAGACUAAACCUCAUACAAAGGAGACUGAUAUUUCUGGAAGGACAUGAAGAUUCAGCUCUGAAAUGCGCAGAUGAGUUGAGUAAACUUAAGUGCCUGAAGUGCCCCACCCCUCCUCUCCCCCUAUCCCCAGGGGAAAUGAUCUCAGCUGGUCAGCCUCGCCUUGUUCACUUCGGCCUCAUUCUGGACAAUGUAGAGAAGUGGAAAAAUGUGUCCCAUAGUUCUCCAUUCCAUCCAUUCUUCUACUAUCCUGAUCCUGUGUUGGAGAAACUGCCAGAAAAUGUCAGUUAUAUGAAGGGAAAAUCUCUAGUUAUCAGGGGAUCCUCAUUUUCUUCCAUUCAACCAUACCAUGAUCUGAGAGUGUUGGUUGGUACAGAUCAGUGUACCAAUAUACAGGUGUCAUCAGAUAACAUCACAUGUAUCCCACCUGACCAACCAGAAGGAAUGAGACAUGGACGAGCCAGAGUAGCUAUAGAAGUUGGGAACUUUCAGGAAAAUGUUGGGUACUUAACAUACACAGAUCCAGAAGGCCCGAUUUCUUCAGAAAAACCAAUCGCCAUGGGGAUCAUUCUCGGAGUGGUGAUUCCAAUGAUUGCAAUCAUUGCCCUUCUGACAAUUUGUAUCAUACGACGUCAGCGUAAAAACAAGCCACCAGAGGGCGCCAUACCGGAACUUCUGAAGGACCACGAGCAGGAGGAAGAGGAGGAGAUUGGAAUGAACAGCAUGUCUGUUAAAGCUGACAUGAAUGGGCAGAUAGUCAAUGGAGAUUCUGGUCCAUAUAUCAGUGAGCUGUUGGGACGUAUUGAGGAUGAAGCAAUCCGACAAAAUGUCAGUGAUUUCCUUAUUCCUAGAAGUAAAUUAAGCAUAGGCAAUCUUAUUGGAAAAGGUAGCUAUGGUAACACAUCUCAGGGGCAGUAUAAAAACUGUAAAGGGGCAGACUCAGAGGAAAAAAGUGACACUGUGGCAGUGA